AUGCCUAUUAAUCGGUACUUAAGUGGAUUCAUCAGUGUGGAGCGGCGGCGGCGGCUGCUGAGCUCAGCCCGGGCCCAAAGAGCCGGGAGCUGGUCUAGCUACCCAGAGGACACCCCGGGCUCUGGGAGACAGCGACGCAGCUCGUCCGAGAGCCCGCCAUCCGCGCAGGUCAGACACUCCCCGUGGGGCAGCCGUACUCACUCACGCGACCGCGAAGGCCUCAGGCCUUCGUGGAGUGGUUCGGCUGCCGGAGCUUCUUACCCCUUUAGCCUCCCUGGGUCUCGAGAGCGGCCCCCCGGGCUCCGCAACUACGACUUCUCAUCAUCUUCUUUCUCCUGUGGAGGGUACCGUUACUAUCAACACCACUAUGUGGGCGACCGGCAGUGGGCGGAGGACUGUGAGAAAGAGAAGGAGGAGAGCUAUCGCCAGAGGCGGCUGAAAGAGAGAGAAAGGAUUGGGGAGUUGGGAGCUCCUGAGGUAUGGGGGCUGUCGCCAAAGUUUCCUGAGCCAGAUUCUGAUGAACACACCCCGGUUGAGGAUGAAGAGGUAAAGACCAAGAAGAGCAGCAGUUCAGAUUCCAGCUCCGAAGAAAAAAGGAAAAAGGCCAGUCGUUCAAAAAAUAAGAAGAAAAGAAAGAAAAAAUCCAAAAGAAAACAUAGGACAUAUUCUGAUAAUACUGACAGUGAUUCGGACUCCGACACUAUUUCUAGCUCUGAUGAUGAUAAAAAGAGAGCAAAAAAACUCAAGAAGAAAAAGAAACGCAGAGCUAAAAAGCCCAAGAAAAAGAAGACUAAAAAGACUAAAAAAGAAUCCAGUGACUCAAGCUGUAAGGAUUCAGAAGGGGAGUUGCCAGAAGACAUCUGGAUUGAGCAGUCAAAGAUUGCAGAUAACAUGGAUCUGAUAGGUCCAGAGGCACCUAUUAUACACACCUCUCAAGAUGAGAAACCUUUGAACUAUGGCCAUGCUCUGCUUCCAGGUGAAGGUGCAGCUAUGGCUGAGUAUGUAAAAGCCGGAAAGCGUAUCCCACGAAGAGGUGAAAUUGGGUUGACAAGUGAAGAGAUUGCUUCUUUUGAAUGCUCGGGUUAUGUUAUGAGUGGUAGCAGGCAUCGCAGAAUGGAGGCUGUGCACCUGCGUAAAGAGAAUCAGAUCUAUAGUGCUGAUGAGAAGAGAGCCCUUGCAUCCUUUAACCAAGAAGAGAGACGGAAAAGAGAGAAUAAGAUUCUAGCUAGUUUCCGAGAGAUGGUGUACCGAAAGACAAAAGGGAAAGAUGAUAAAUAAGGACUUUUGUUCCAUAGCAGGACUUUGAACAAUUUUAUAUGACCAAAAUUAAAAGGCUUUAUGGUGCUGCUGUACCAACUGUAAGUUCCUUGAGAAAAAGCUGCUUUUUGAGAUUUUUUUAAACUAUUUUGUUAAUUUUGACUGUAAAAGUAAUAUGUGUACGUGUUUUUAAAAAUAUUCAAACACUACAGGAGGAGAGUCAGUAAAAUGUGAGUCUUCUACUCCCAUCCCUAAUCCUUCCCUCCUAAGAAAUCUCUUUUUGGCAUUUUCUUUAUCUAUCCAUGAGUCCUGUUUAUGCACAAGCAUGUGUAUUGCCGGAUAAAAGUUGGAGCUAUUAACCUAAGGUGGUGGUGGUGUUUUCCCUGUUGCUCUGACUUUUCUCUGUUCCAGGGCUUCAUUUCCUCAUGGAGCCAUUCAUUACUCAGGGAAAACCAGGAGAACUCCAGAAAGAACAAAGGAUUCAAUUGAGUGUGUAUUUCUGGUUUGCAUUUAACAGAAUUAAAAGUUAGUUUUA